GGAGCUCUUGGUGGCCAAGUAAAAUCGUGAAGAAGAAAUAAUGGAGUUGUCAUUGUCAUGGCGAACGACCUAACUGGGUGGACCUGGAUCUUAAAUUUUGGGGACGCCUAAGAGAGGGAGCUCUUGGUGGCCAAGUAAAAUCGUGAAGAAGAAAUAAUGGAGUUGUCAUUGUCUUGGCGGAUGACCUAACUGGGUGGACCUGGAUCUUAAAUUUUGGGGCCGGGAAAUUAAGAACUUGUUUUGGAACUUUGUGGACAAGCUUAGCUGGAAAGAAAAAGUUGAAUGGCCAUUCUUCAGAUUUUGUCCUCUGAAACUUCAGACUUUAGUGUAGUCUUGACAUGUGUCAAUGUGUACAAUGAUGAACUCUACUUUGCAAUUUAACUAUUUAUAAUGCUGUUCUUUUUAUUCAGUUUUCACUCAACUCUCAUCUCUCUCUCUCACCGUCACCGGCCCACUCGAAGCUCAACGUCACCGGCCUACGCCCUUGAUCCACUCCGUCGAACCAAGCCGUUGACCCACUCCGCCGACCCACGCCGCAGACCCAUCUCGCUCACUCUCGAAGUCUCUGCUCUGACCUUGUCGUCACAGACCCACGACAAGAGCUCCUCCUCCUUGCAGUCGUUUUCACUUCAGGUAUACAUUUCCAAUAUAUUUCGAGCUAGCUAUAUUUUCAACCAAUGGAAUCCUCCUCUUCCAAAAUGAGCCAUGCUCCAGAAAGUAAUGAGAGACAAGAGUAUCAGUUUGAUUCAGAAAUCGAUAACAAACUCAAAGAGAUCAUGUCAAGCGUCCCAAGAAAAAAGGGUGCUGCCUUGACUGAUCUUGACCAAUAUGAAGGUUUUUGGUACUCUUUAGCCUGGUUAGAAGGGAUGUUACGGGCUGAAAAACAUUUCAAGCCUCAACCCAACCAAGUGAUCUUGAGCAGUUUUCCAAAAUCUGGCACAACUUGGCUUAAGGCUUUGAUCUUUGCCAUUAUGACACAAUCCCAAGUUAGUGAGCCUACUAACCCUUUACUCACAAGAUUAUCACAUGAGUGUGUACCCUUCAUUGAGACUGAUUUUCGCUCAAACUCACCAAAAUUGAAUCUAGAUGUUCCACUUAUGGCUACACAUAUGUCCUAUACUUCCUUACCAAAAUCUAUUAUAGAUUCUGGUUGUAAAAUUGUUUACAUAUGCAGGGAUCCAAAGGAUGUACUUGUGUCUACAUGGCACUUUAUUCACAAGGUACUAGUUAAUGAGGAAUUCCCAACCAUGAGAGAUAUUCCUUUGGAGGAUGCAUUUGAGUUCUUUUGUCAAGGAUUAUCUUUUUGUGGACCAUAUUGGGAUCAUUUAUUAGGGUACUGGAGAGCAAGCUCUGAAUCACCAGAGAUGAUAUUGUUUUUAAAGUAUGAAGAUUUGAAGAAUGAAACUGGAUAUUGGAUAAAGAAAAUUGCCCAAUUCAUAGGUUACCCUUUCUCUUUAGAGGAAGAAGAUAAAGGUGUGGUGCAAAAGAUUAUAGACCUAUGCAGUUUUGAGAACAUGUCUAGUUUGGAGGUAAGUAAAAAUGGAAUGAUGUUGUUCGAGAAUAAUGGAGUCAAUACGAUAGAGAUUAAAAACAAUACAUUUUUUAGGAAAGGUAAGGUUGGAGACUGGAAGAAUCAUCUCACACAUGAAAUGGCAAUGCAACUCGAUCAAAUAUUCGAGCAAAAGCUAACUGGUUCGGGUUUGACAUUCAACGUCCCACCCCCAUCUAGUAGAUGAGCAAUGCCACUUCCAUCACAAUCCGGCGACUAAAUAUAUUCUAGCACUAUGGCUGUUUCUAUUUUGUUUUCAUUAUUUGAAGGAUAUGUAUGGCACCAUUUAAAAAAAAAAAAAAAAUUAUUUUUCAUUUGUAGGUUGUAUGGAUAAUUUAGUCACUUGCAGGUGACUACAUUAUUAAUAUAUUUUCUAGUGUCUUGUAAGAGU